AUGAUAGUAGUUUCAAUUUUAUUUAUAUUACUUUCCAAUGCCGUUACUUUAAGACGAGAUGUAUCAAUACUAUUCAAUAGAGUAGCUAUUUUAGCUUUAACUUACUGUAUUUUACAAGAUAUGGUGAGUUUAUCUAUUGUAAGUAAAGGUAUAGGGUUACAUGGAGGUUUACUUCAUAUAACUAAUAUUACACAAAUUUUCCAUAUAUUUAUUUUUUUUAUUACUAUAUUAAUUUUACAAUUAACUAGUUUUCAUCCUAGAAAAGUUUGAAUUCCUGAAUAUUCAUCUUUAUCAGAUUUAUUAAAUUCUAAACUUGUUUAUUAUAGAACUAAAAUUAUAAAUAAAAUGGGAGAACAUUUAAAAAUUAUAGAAUAUCCCUUAAUAUUAUUAUUUGUUAAUUUAGGUGGAGUUUUCUUAAUGUCAACUAAUGAUUUAGUGUCUAUUUUCCUUUCAAUAGAAUUACAAAGUUAUGGUUUAUAUAUUGUAAGUACAAUAUAUAGAAAUUCUGAGUCAUCUACUACUGGAGGUUUAAUUUACUUUUUAUUAGGUGGAUUAAGUUCAUGUUUUAUUUUAUUAGGUACAGCUUUAUUAUAUGCUAAUUCUGGUACUACAAACUUAGAUGGUUUAUAUAUAAUUAACAGUAUAAGCGAUUUUAGUGAUAUGACUUAUUGAUAUAAACCUUAUUAUAUUAAUUUUUCUUUAUUAGUGUUUAGUAUAGGAUUCUUAUUUAAAAUAGGUGCUGCUCCAUUCCAUUUUUGAUCUCCUGAUGUUUAUGACGCUAUACCUACUAUAGUUACAACAUUUGUAGCUAUAGUUGCGAAAAUUUCUAUAUUAAUUUUCUUAUUAGAAUUAGUUUAUUAUACAAGUAAUAGUUUUUCUGAUCUAAAUUGAACUUUUAGUUUAAUAAUAAGUUCAUUAUUUUCACUUAUUAUUGGGACAGUUGUUGGUUUAACACAAUUUAGAAUUAAAAGAUUAUUUGCUUAUAGUACUAUUUCUCAUGUAGGUUAUAUGUUAUUAGCUUUAGGAAUAUCAAGUAUAGAAUCUACUCAAGCAUUUAUAUUUUAUUUAACACAAUAUUCUAUAAGUAAUUUAAAUGCUUUUGUUAUAUUAAUAGCUAUAGGAUUUUCUUUCUAUCGUUAUGUAAGUGAUAAUAAAGAACAUAAAGAACUUUUAGAUAAAAAUAAUUCUCCUUUACAAUUAGUUAGUCAAUUAAGAGGUUACUUUUAUAUAAAUCCUUUAUUAUCUAUAAGUUUAGCUAUUACAAUAUUCUCUUUCAUGGGUAUACCUCCUCUUGUAGGAUUCUUUGGAAAACAAAUGGUAUUAAGUGCAGCUUUAGAUAAAGGAUAUAUAUUUAUAACUUUAGUUGCUAUCUUAACUAGUGUUGUAGGAGGAGUUUAUUAUUUAACUAUAAUAAAAGAAAUUUUCUUCUAUUCACCUACAUAUAAAAUUAACCCUUUACUAGAAAAUUUAAAUAUACCUGGUAAAAUUGAACCUAGUUCUAAAGAAGUUAAUAUUAAGCAUGAUAAUAUAGUUAUAGCUAGUCCUAUAGCAUUUAUUAUUUCUGUUAUUACUUUAAUAAUAUUAUUAUUUAUAUUUAUAAAUAAAGAAUGAUUAAGCAUGGGUACCAUAUUGGUACAUAUUUUAUUUAAUUAUUAA